CUCCCCCCGCCGAGUAACCUGGAGAUUUAAAAGCUGCCGGCUGGCGCGCGUGGGGGGGAAGAAGGGGGGGACGAGCUUGCACGCGUUAGCCCCGGGUGACAGCCGCACACCUCCGCCAGGGCCUACCUGCUCAUCUUUCAGGGCUCAGCAUUGUCCACUUGCUCAAGAAAGCCUUGAACCUGCCUCCUUCCUGUGGACUCUCUGGCACCCCUAUCACCUCAGUGCACACGGAUUACAUGCACUUGGUCACAUUUUCUCUCUUCUGCUAAAGGGAUCAGCUAUUUGUGACCCCACCAGCUUCAGAGUGGGCUUCUACAUAAUUGGUGCUCAAUAAAUGUGGGGUGAGUGGGUGGGUGGGUUUCAGUGCUCUGUGACAUUCCUUUCAGUUAGGCUACACUCUCCUCCAAGGGUGGGCAAACUUGAGCUCCUUGAUAGUCUCUUGGGCCUGCUUUCACCUUGCUGUCCACCAAGCAACUGUUUUCGAGAACACGUUUCCCAAGAAUUAAAUCUCAUCCAGAGCCCUCUGAUUAUAAAUGGAGCUGGUCACAGACCUGAGGAUGUCAAGACUGAUGAAGACCAUCAAAUUUGCAGCUCCGGAGGGCAUGCAGAGCUGGGACCAGCCUCUGGGUCUGGCCCUCGGGCUCCUCAGUGGGUUUGUUCUACAUGCUCCAUCUCCUCCCCUCUUUCCUCUGUGCCUCACCUCCUGAGGGAGGCCAGGCCUAGGCAGAGGACCAGGAUUGGUUGUGCAUGGAUGGGGAGAGCCGCCUGGUCUGGCCUGGCUGACUGACAAGGGUCAAGUUCAUUAGGAGGGAGGCAGUUCAGGUUUCACUUUGCAGGAGCCUUGUGAAGAGGUGGAAGAAGGCAGGCGGAAGGAACUUCCUGAUGGCUUGAAGACUGUGCCAAGGUCCUGAGUCACCCCCCCAGGGUCCUCUUACCCAACCCUGGACCACAGGAGUUUUGGGUACUUUGCAUUUAUUGUAGCCCAAGAAGAGAAACAAUUUAGUUACUAAUUUCUGCCAGGAACAGAGUCCAACUCUGGGAGGAAGUAGGGAAGAGGGCAGCUCUGCCUCCAGAUGUCCUGCUUACUUGGCUUGAUUUCAGAGGACAGCUGACCCUUGGCAUUGUGCUGGUACUUGAGCAGUGUGUGGGCAGGUACUGGAUGGGUAAGUGCAGCCUCGGUGCCUUCUCCACCAGAUUCCCCUAGACUCUCAUUGGUGGAAGGCUGUGAAAACUCCUUCCUUAAUGCCACAAGACUUUGUCAGUGACCCUCAGUAGACACCUAUCCAUGGAGAGCACCUCCCUGAGGUAGGGGUUAGGUGUGAGAUCACCUCAACACACACCUGGAAAGAACCAUAGGCAUUAUCUAGACUAGCUCUUCUUUUACAGGUGUGAAAACUGAGUCCCAGAGAGAUGAAAUGGUUCGUGCAGGCUACACAGCUGUAAACAUUGCUGAAAUAGGACUACCCUGUCCUGGCUCCCAAUUCAAAGUGCUUUCCAGAAUUUUCGAAUGGUUCCAAAUUUUUCUGUUCUUAUUUGUGCAACCCUGGGCAUGUUUGUUAAGUUCUCUGAAACAGAAACUUUCAUCCUUAGAAAAUAGGAAUAUUAAAUACCUACUUGGUAGGAGAGUGUGAGUCGUGUAAAUUAUUAAAAGGUAGAUCAAGCACCUAACACAUGCCAAACACCUCAUGGGCAGUUAGUAGGGGUCAGACACUGGGGAUCAUUGUCCCUGUGGAUGGAAACCACCCACUCUCAGACCUCCCUUCUCAGCCUUCCCACUGCAGGCAGGUCUGUGGCAGUGACCUCUCCUCACCUGUUGGGGCCAGCACCUGGGGAGGCCGGCGCAUUCUUGUCAUUCCUCCUGCUGGGGGCUGCAAGAGGCGCCAGUGUGUGUGUGUGUGUGUGUGUGUGUGUGUGUGUGUGAAUGACAUGUGGGUGAGAGAGGCAUGGAAGCUACAAGCUGAGGAGUGAGGAGCUGGGAUAUGGUCCUCCCAACCACUAUGUGUGGAAAGCAGAGAGCCCCACCAGGCUCCCUCCACUGAGGAAACUUCCCAUCAUUUAUCUCAAAACACUACAUGUCUUCGAACCCGGGGCCGUGUGCAUGCUGGGCAAAGCCUUCUACACUGAGCCACAUCCUCAGCCCAGGUCCGUGGUCUUCAUCUAAGUUUCCUUGCCUGUGAGGAUCUGAGUGACAAGAAUUGUCCCCACUGAAGUGCUGCGGGGCAACGGUGUUUAGCAUGGGCUGAGUCAUUGGACCUGUACCAGAGGGCCGGCGGAAAUGGGCACCUGGCUGAAUCCUAGGCAGUCGGUGGCAGCAAGGAGGAGAGGCCUGGGCUUCUGGGGCAGGGCUGAAACAAAGCCGCUGUGGAGUGUGUGAACAGCUCCGACUGAGCCCCACCUGCCUGGCCCACCAUGGUCCAGAGACUGUGGGUGAGCCGCCUGCUCCGGCAUCGGAAAGCCCAGCUCCUGCUGGUCAACCUGCUGACCUUUGGCCUGGAAGUGUGUCUGGCCGCUGGCAUCACCUACGUGCCUCCCCUGCUGCUGGAAGUGGGGGUAGAAGAGAAGUUCAUGACCAUGGUGUUAGGCAUUGGUCCAGUGCUGGGCCUGGUCUCUGUCCCACUCCUAGGCUCAGCCAGUGACCAGUGGCGUGGGCGCUACGGCCGCCGGAGGCCCUUCAUUUGGGCCCUGUCUUUGGGUGUUUUGCUGAGCCUCUUUCUCAUCCCGAGGGCGGGCUGGCUGGCGGAGCUGCUGUGCCCAGAUACCAGGCCCCUGGAGUUGGCACUGCUGAUCCUGGGCGUGGGGCUGCUGGACUUCUGUGGCCAGGUGUGCUUCACUCCACUGGAAGCCCUACUCUCUGACCUCUUCCGGGACCCAGACCACUGUCGCCAGGCCUUCUCUGUCUACGCCUUCAUGAUCAGCCUCGGGGGCUGCCUGGGCUACCUCUUACCUGCCAUUGACUGGGACGCCAGCGCCCUGGCCCCCUAUCUGGGCACCCAGGAGGAGUGCCUCUUUGGCCUGCUCACUCUCAUCUUCCUCACCUGCAUGGCAGCCACCCUGUUUGUGGCCGAGGAGGCUGUGCUAGGUCCGCCUGAGCCAGUGGAAGCACUUUCAGUCCCCUCCACGUCUCCCCACUGCUGCCCAUGCCAUGCCCACCUGGCUCUCCGGAACCUGGGUACCCUGUUUCCUCGGCUGCACCAGCUCUGCUGCCGCAUGCCUCGUACCCUGCGUCGACUCUUUGUGGCGGAGCUCUGCAGCUGGAUGGCACUCAUGACCUUCACACUGUUUUACACGGAUUUUGUGGGUGAGGGCCUGUACCAGGGCGUGCCCAGAGCCGAGCCAGGCACCGAGGCCCGGAGACAUUAUGACGAAGGUGUGCGGAUGGGCAGCCUGGGGCUCUUCUUGCAGUGUACCAUCUCCCUGGUCUUCUCCCUGGUCAUGGACCGGCUGGUGCAGCGAUUUGGCACCCGGGCAGUCUACCUGGCCAGUGUGGUGGCCUUCCCCGUGGCUGCUGGCGCCACUUGCCUGUCUCGCAGUGUGGCUGUGGUGACGGCCUCGGCAGCCCUCACCGGGUUCACCUUCUCGGCCCUGCAGAUCCUGCCCUACACGCUGGCCUCCCUCUACCACCGUGAGAAGCAGGUGUUCCUGCCCAAAUACCGAGGGGACACUGGCAGCGGUGGCAGUGAGGACAGCCUGACGACCAGCUUCCUGCCAGGCCCAAAGUCUGGAGCUCCCUUUCCCAACGGACACAUGGGUGCUGGAGGUGGCGGCCUGCUCCCAGCUGCCCCCGCGCUCUGCGGGGCCUCCACCUGCGAUGUCUCUAUGAGAGUGGUGGUGGGUGAGCCUACGGAGGCCAGGGUGAUCCCAGGCCGGGGCAUCUGCCUGGACCUUGCCAUCCUGGACAGUGCCUUCUUGCUUUCCCAGGUGGCCCCAUCCUUGUUCAUGGGCUCCAUUGUCCAACUCAGCCAAUCUGUCACUGCCUAUAUGGUGUCAGCCGCAGGCUUGGGUCUGAUUGCCAUUUACUUUGCUACACAGGUAGUAUUUGACAAGAGUGACUUGGCCAAAUACUCUGUGUGA